AUGACAAACAUCAGAGUAAGAACAAUAUUGCUGGCGGUAUCUCUUGGUCUAUUGUUCCUUCAACUCUGUAAAGAUUCUAAUUUUCGAGUAACCAUCAGCCUCAACAACAAGGUGAGAGAGGAGGACGGUGAAGUAAGAAAACCAGCCGCAAACAACCAGUAUGUAUACACCUGGCCAAAAUGCCAACAAAACACUUCCGCUGCCAAAGUGGAAAACUUCAGCUCUCUUCCUCUUCAUAUUCAAGACUUUCUCUACCAUAAACACUGUCGACAUUUCCCCAUGCUGCUGGACGUUCCUGACAAAUGCGGAGGAGCUGAUGAAUCUGCAGAGGUCUUUCUCCUCCUGGUCAUUAAAAGCUUCCCUGAUCACUUUCAACGGAGAGAGGUACUGCGCAAAACCUGGGCUAAAGAGAGGCUGCAGAACGGUGUGCAGAUCCGGAGGAUCUUCCUCUUAGGAGCGACGGGUUCUGGUUUUGAAGGAGGGAGACGGAACAGACUUAUUGAACUGGAACAAAAAGAGUACAAUGACGUUCUUCAAUGGGACUUUAGCGACACGCUCUACAACCUCACCUUAAAGCAGGUGCUCUUCCUAGAAUGGAUGGAAAGAAACUGUCCGAAAGCUCGCUUCUUGCUAAAUGGUAAUGAUGACGUUUUUGUAAACACAGUCAACGUGGUUGAGUAUCUCCAAGGCCUCAGGGACAAUGAUGGAAGCAAGCACCUCUUUACUGGUUUUCUUGUGGAGAACAAAGUGCCUAGUCGACUGGCAGACAACAGGUACUAUGUACCAGUUCAGAUCCAGCAGAAGGAUUAUUAUCCCCCUUACUGUAGUGGUGGGGGAUUCCUCCUGUCUGGCUAUACAGCUAUGAUCGUAUACAAAAUGUCCAAGUUGGUCGAUUUUAUUCCUAUUGAUGAUAUUUAUAUAGGGAUGUGUCUGGAUUACGCAGAACUGGGUGUUGUUCCCCAUGUGGGCGUGAGGAUUUUCGGAUUGAACAUGUCCUCCCAACAUGUAGAUGAAAGCGAACCUUGCUUUUACAAAGACCUUUUAAUGGUGCACAGAUUCCUGCCUUCUCGAGUGUAUCAUAUGUGGCACAGAAUAAACGACCCCAAUCUGAAGUGUAAACACGCAAAGAAAUCAGUUUUGUGUUGGUAA